ACGCAACACGACGGACAUCUGUGUCAAUUUAAGCAGACUUGUUUGCAGCUGAUAUUUGCAAAAUAUUAUUAUUCAUUCACUAUCUCUUGUAGAAAUUCGCAUAGUCUGUUUUAGUCCGAGUCGGGCGAAAUAGCAACAAUAGCACUCCGGUGUGGAAGUGAGAGCGCCGUCAAUCUCAAAUAUCUUUGGCUGGUUGGUGUUGAAUAACAGUUAUGUAGCUGUAGCUGUAGCGUCGGGCCAGAGCUUGAACAACGCGAGGGCCGUUUUAAAGAUGGUGUUUUAGCCGAGGGGCUUAUUUCUCACGUAGUUAAAGGAGGAGACGGAGCGAGAAAGCGCGGAAACAUGGCAGCGCUGCUGCGGCUCGGGAGCAGAUGCAGUAAACACGUCGGCAGCCGCCGCAGCGCGCUGUCUCCGCUUCUCCACGGAGGACGCGACACACCAGGAGUCGCUCCAUCGUGCACGAAGUGUGGGUGUGGAUGGCUGUUUGUCCAGCAGCCCAAACGUGGCCUAAAGUCAGGAGUCAUUCAGCAACUUCUGAACAGACCACUGAGUCCAGAGUUCCAGGCGCUGAGCCGAGCUGUGUGCAGAAACGGUCUGGGAACUAAUCCGGCGGGAUUGUGGAAAAUUCUUGGUGGUACAUAUUACUUCAGCACAUCUUCUAGAAGACAGGAGAAGAAAGAUGGAGCGAAAGGGAAAACGCCUGAAGAGGACGAAGAGGAGAAGAAGAGACGUGAGCAGGAGGAUCAGAUGUACCGGGAGCGUCUGCGGACCCUCUUUAUCAUCGCCGUCAUCAUGAGCCUGCUGAACUCCAUCAACACCAGCGGGGGGAACAUAUCCUGGAACGAUUUUGUGAACGAGAUGCUGGCUAAAGGAGAGGUAUCGCGGGUGCAGGUCGUCCCAGAGAGCGACAUCGUGGAGAUCUACCUCCACCCCGGAGCGGUCAUCUUCGGCAGACCGAGACUUGCCCUGAUGUACCGCAUGCAGGUGGCCAACAUUGACAAGUUUGAGGAGAAGCUUCGUGCUGCAGAGGAGCAGCUCAAUAUAGACGCUAAGGACAGAAUUCCAGUGUCCUACAAGCGCACAGGCUUCUUCGGGAACGCCCUCUACGCUCUCGGUAUGGCUGCUAUUGGCGUAGCAAUCCUGUGGUACAUCUUCCGCCUGGCAGGGAUGGGUGGACGAGAGGGGGGAUUCAGCGCUUUUAAUCAGCUGAAAAUGGCCAAGUUCACCAUUGUCGAUGGGAAAUCAGGGAAAGGCGUGAGCUUUAAAGAUGUAGCGGGGAUGCAUGAAGCCAAGAUGGAGGUGAAGGAGUUUGUGGACUACCUGAAGAAUCCAGACAGAUACCUGCAGCUGGGGGCCAAAGUCCCUAAAGGCUCUCUGCUGCUGGGGCCGCCGGGCUGUGGGAAAACCUUGCUAGCCAAGGCGGUGGCUACAGAGGCCCAGGUGCCCUUCCUGGCCAUGGCUGGCUCAGAGUUUGUUGAGGUGAUUGGAGGCCUCGGUGCUGCGAGGGUGAGGAGUCUGUUUAAAGAGGCGCGGGCACGCGCCCCCUGCAUCGUCUACAUCGACGAGAUCGACGCUGUUGGCAAAAAACGAUCCACCAACAUGUCCGGCUUCACCAACACGGAGGAAGAGCAGACCCUCAACCAGCUGCUGGUGGAAAUGGACGGAAUGGGUACCACCGAUCAUGUGAUCGUCCUGGCGUCCACCAACCGAGCAGACAUUUUGGACAAUGCACUGAUGAGACCUGGCAGGCUUGACAGACACAUAUUUAUCGACCUCCCCACUCUCCAGGAGAGAAAGGAGAUAUUUGAGCAGCACUUGAAGAACCUGAAGCUUUCCCAACCUGCUGAUUUCUACUCCUUACGCCUGGCUGAGCUCACACCAGGCUUCAGUGGUGCCGAUAUUGCAAACAUCUGCAAUGAAGCUGCCCUCCACGCAGCCCGAGAGGGCCACAAGUCCAUUGACACCUUCAACUUUGAGUAUGCUGUGGAGAGAGUUAUCGCAGGCAGUGUGAAGAAGAGUAAGAUCUUGUCCAAAGAGGAGCAGAGGGUGGUGGCCUUCCACGAGUCUGGCCAUGCUCUCGUCGGCUGGCUGCUGGAGCACACAGAGGCGGUCAUGAAGGUGUCAAUAGCUCCCAGGACCAACGCAGCUCUGGGCUUUGCUCAAAUCCUGCCAAAGGACCAGUACCUGUUCACCAAAGAGCAGCUGUUUGAGAGAAUGUGCAUGGCCCUGGGUGGAAGAGCCUCAGAAGCCAUCACUUUCAACAAAGUCACCACAGGUGCUCAGGAUGACCUGCGGAAAGUGACGCGUGUGGCCUACGCGAUGGUGAAGCAGUACGGCAUGGUGCCCAGCGUAGGUCAGGUGUCCUUCCCUGAAACAGAGGAGCAGGGCGCUGUUGGACGAAGACCCUUCAGCCAAGGUCUCCAGCAGCAGAUGGACCAUGAGGCUAAGAUGCUAAUUGCACGGGCUUAUAGGCACACUGAGAAACUACUGCUGGACAACAGAGAUAAACUCAUAAUGCUGGCGAACGCUCUUCUGGAGCGUGAGGUUGUAAAUUAUGAUGACAUCGAGGCUCUAUUGGGACCCCCUCCUCACGGGCCCAAAAAGAUGAUUGCCCCCCAGAGCUGGAUCGAGGCAGAGAAAGACAAGCAGGACACAGGAGAGGAGGAGCCUCGCCGACCCCAAAGACCCCUAAGGAAGGACGAGGAGGAGGAGGUCAAUCUGGGGCCGGUAUGAAGCCCCCAGUACCCCAACCCAAGGCACCUAGAUGGGAGGAAAACACAAGAAAUUGUGGAAACAUGAACUGUUUAGCUUAUUUUGGAGAAGGAGCGCUGCAGAGUGGUUUUCUGUGCUUGUAGGAGGAUCCGUUUGUCUGUUUAGCAGAAAAGAUAAACACGUGUUUAUGGAAGAUCCUUUUUUGCCGGUGAUUUUGACCAGACAUGAGGUUUUAAAUAUCAUCAAACUGAUUGAUGCCCGUUUAUAGAAAAUCACUGCUAAGCUUUUUUUUCCCUACACAAUAGAGCAGCAACAGAGUAGCCUAAAGCAGCUGCCAGCUUAAAUUACUGAGCAAUGAAUAUGCAUUAAUUUAAUGAAUGUAGGCGGCACAUGCAUUGUUUGUUUAUUGAGUUGUUGCAUCCGAAGAGAUCAGGCUCCUGUGAUUAGCCUCAUUAUAAAAUAUAUACACAGAUUAGGCGUCACAUUAUGAGCACCUCCUUGUUUCUACGCUCAUUGUCCAUCUGAUCAGCUCCACUUACUGUAUAGCUGCACUUUGUAGUUCUACAG